UUGAUGACGUCAGAAGCAAGCGCCCCAAUCGACAGAACCCGCAUGCGCACUAGUUGUAGGGUAAAGUAUAAAUAGUUUAUACGUUCAGAUUUUUUUAUUUUUUUUAGUUAUCACACACGAAGUGACUAAAUGAUUUAACACAAGUUGGCUAAAUCGUGUCGUUUUGCGUCGGUUGCCGCGUUGCCAUGGUGACUGUACACAAUUGAAUGCUGCUUUUUGGAGUGCCCACGGCUUCCGACUUUAUACUGAUACAGGGUUACAACUCAAGACUCAAAAUGGAGCUGACAGGAAGCAGUUACAAGGGGACGACGCUAAAUCGCAGGAUGGAGGGAGAAGGGGAGUACACCUUCCCCUCGCAGACCAAGUACAUCGGGGAGAUGAAGGACGGGAUGUUCCACGGCACAGGGGUGCUCCACUUCCUGAAUGGAAGCAAAUACGAGGCCACCUGGGAGAAUGGCAUCGCGAUACAGGGCUCGUUCACCUUCGCUGACGGCCUGCCCUACCAGGAGAAGGACUGGGACUACUGCGACGGCCAGGACCGACGCUUCUACACGGAGAGAUGCCACGGACUCCGACCCUCAGGUGAAUCCCAGCUCACAGACCUGCAUCCGCCGCGCGACAUUCCUGGCGGCUGCUACGACUGCGGGGACGGUUUCUACGAGCCCACCACCAGGACCAUCACCUCCUACGACGGGACCUUCCUCAGAAUGGCAGACGACUCGGAGCAUGCGUGGAUCGUGCGAUAUUGUCGCAAGGCCGACUGUCCCCCUCCCCCACCGGAGGCGGAAGAAGAAGAAGAAGAAACACAAACAAAAGAAGAAGAAGAAGAAGAAAGAGAAGAAGAAGAAAAAGAAGAAGAAGAAGAAGAAGAAGGAAAAGAAGCAGAAAAAGAAGAAGAAUCCGGUUCCAGUGUGGACUAACAAGCUAUAUUUUCUCCGUUUUGCGUGUAAAUAUAACCCUAAAGUGUGUAAGUUUCGUCACCUUCAACGCCGCGACUCUCGCUGGCCGCCAUUGUAGUUUGUCAGCACGUGUUGGGGCGAGUGGUGCGUUCAAGGCAGCUGGUUUUUUGCAGCUUCCAAGUGGACACUCUAGGUGCGCGCUAAAAAAUAAAUAAAAAAUGGCCACCAAACGACGAUCUUUGUUUACAUCAAGAAGCUAGCUGCUCGCUAGCAUGAACAAUUGUAGUAUAUUCCAACACGUCUUAUUAGACUUAGACUUCCUUUUUAUUGUCAUUCAAAUUUGAACUUUACAGUACAGAUAAGAACGAAAUUUUGUUACAUAAGCUCAUGGUAGUGCAGGAUAAAAAAGCUAUAAGUAAAUAAAUAGAUUACUGUACAGAUGAAUAUAUUGCACUUUUUCGCAUGCGUCCACGUUUUUGGAUGUAUGUUAUAUUGUCUUUUUUAUUCCAGCAAGUUAAUCCAUUUUGGGGGGAGUUGAGGGGAUAAUUAUGAUGCGUUCAAGAGUCUUACGGCCUUAUUGCUUUGUAUUAAAUAUAAAAUGUGUAUUAGAAAGA